AUGUCGGAGGGGCCGGUGCUGCGGCUGCUGGCGCUGCACGGUUACCGGCAGAGCGAGCGCCGUUUCCGCCAGCGCACCGGGGCGCUGCGCAAGGCUCUGCGCGGCCGCGCGGAGCUGGUGGCGCUCAGCGCGCCGCACCUCGUCCCCGGCGACGAGGACGACGACGACGACGGGGACGACCCCCCCCGCGGCUGGUGGUUCUCCGGGCCCGGCACCUUUGACGCGGGGGAGGCGGCGGCGGCGCCGUUGGGGCUGGAGGAGUCGCUGACGGCCGUGGCGGCGGCGCUGGCGGAGCGCGGGCCCUUCGACGGGCUGCUGGGCUUCAGCCAGGGCGCGGCGCUGGCCGCCAUGGUGUGCGCCCUGCGGGCCCGCGGCGACCCCCGCUUCCCCGUGACCUUCGCCAUCCUGGUGGCCGGGUUCGCCAGCCGCGCCCCAGCCCACGGCCACUUCUACCGGGACCCCAUCGCUCUGCCCACGCUGCACGUCGUGGGCGAUGCUGAUGCCGUCAUCGCUGCCCCGCUCAGCAGGGAGCUGGCCCAGUGCUUUGUGGAGCCGGUUGUCCUCAGCCACCCCGGCGGGCACUUCGUCCCUGCGGCUGCGCCACAGAAGAAGGUCUACCUGGAGUUCCUGGGCCGCUUCCGCCCCACACAGGGAUAGGCUGGGCCCCCGGCAGCUGGGGCCGUGGGAUAACAGUCUCUUUAAUCAAUGGGGCCAUCCUGGUGGAACAUCCUUGGCUUUCCAUGCCCUCCAGAGGAGCCAAAGAGUCCUCAGCACCUCACUGCUGCGCCGUAGGGUUAACCCAGGGCCAGGCUGAAUAGUUCUUUGUAAUCUCCCCUUUUUUUGCAACUUUGUUGUGUACAUGAGCGGUUUGAGGGUGGCACUGUGUGCGUGAGGUGCUUUCAGAGACUUGAGUAAUUCAGACUUAGGGCUCCUCAGCCACUGGAAUUGUCUGCAGAGCACACAGCUCCUGUAGCUGUUACACCCCAAAGAUUUGUGGUCUUAAUGUUGCUGGUAAAAGAGAUUAAGCCAACCUUCCAGCUGGUCUGGGUCUAGAAAGGCAUCAUGACUUUCUGACAGUGCCAGGGCUUGUGUUCGUUUUGGGAAUGAAAUGUCUGUGCUUGUUCAGCAUGUGUGUGUUGGGACAUCUUUUGUAUUUUCCUCUAUACAAGGUGCCUCUGUGAACAAGAAAAUCUUAUCAAUACAUUUUUUGCUCUGAUCUUUUCCAGAA